UCCUGCCCCAGACUGACAAGCCCCAGAGGAUUUAUGCCCUGUGGGUUCCUGUCGUUGGGGUUAGUUCUCCAACGGGGUGGAAAGUGGAGACAAGCAUCAGUGCCUACAGGGCUGCCAGGUGUCCUAAAAAAAGUGGUGUGCGGGUUCGGGUCCUGGAUGAUGCUCCUAAAAACUUCACGCCAGAAGUGGAAGCAGCCGGCGCCGCCUCCCCUGUGCCGGCUACAGGCGUGGAGGACGCCAGCUCCAUGUCCGUCACAUAUCCCCUCCAUCCCCCGGGCCGCAGCGUCAGCAUGCUCCGCGCGAGGCCAGAGGCACUGGUGCUCCUGGGAGCUCUGCUGACUGUACCCCUGGAACCAGCAGGCAGCCAGAACGCACCCUCACUAACCUGGGAAGUGCAGCGCUAUGACGGCUGGUUCAACAACCUGAGGCACCACCAGCGUGGCGCUGCCGGCUACCGUCUACAGCGCCUUGUACCAGCCAAUUACGCGGACGGCGUGUAUCAGGCGCUGGAGGAGCCGCUGCUGCCCAACCCACGCCGCCUCAGCGACGCGGCCAUGCAGGGCAGAGCCGGGCUGCCAUCCCGCCAAAACCGCACCGUGCUGGGGGUCUUCUUUGGCUACCACGUGCUCUCCGACCUGGUGAGUGUGGAGAGACCCGGCUGCCCUGCAGAGUUCCUCAACAUCCACAUCCCGCCGGGAGACCCCGUGUUCGACCCCAACCGGAGCGGGGACGUCGUGCUGCCCUUCCAGAGGAGUCGCUGGGACCCCAAAACCGGACUGAGCCCCAACAAUCCCCGGGACCUGACCAACGAGGUGACGGGCUGGCUGGACGGCAGCGCCAUCUAUGGCUCCUCGCACUCCUGGAGCGACGAGCUGCGGAGCUUCUCCGGGGGGCAGCUGGCGUCCGGGCCCGACCCCGCCUUCCCCCGGGACUCGCAGGACCCCCUGCUCAUGUGGACCGCGCCCGACCCCGCCACUGGACAGCGCGGGUCCCAGGGGCUGUACGCCUUCGGGGCGGAGCGAGGCAACCGCGACCCAUUCGUGCAGGCGCUGGGCCUGCUCUGGUUCCGCUACCACAACCUGUGCGCUCAGAGGCUGGCCCGCGAGCACCCGAGCUGGGGGGACGAGGAGCUGUUCCAGCACGCGCGCAAGAGGGUCAUCGCCACCUACCAGAACAUCGCUCUGUAUGAGUGGCUGCCCAGCUUUCUGUCGAAAACACCCCCGGAAUAUAAAGAGUACCACCCUUUCCUGGACCCCAGCAUCUCCCCGGAGUUCCUGGCGGCCUCUGAGCAGUUCUUCUCCACAAUGGUGCCCCCUGGCGUCUACAUGAGGAAUGCCAGCUGUCAUUUCCAGAAUAUCGUGAACAAGGAUUUUGGCAGUUCCCCAGCUCUGAGGGUCUGCAAUAGCUACUGGAUUCGAGAGAACCCCAAUCUGAACAGUGCCCAGGCAGUGAAUGAGCUGCUGCUGGGAAUGGCCUCCCAGAUUUCGGAGCUGGAGGACAGGAUAGUGGUUGAAGAUCUGAGGGAUUACUGGCCUGGCCCCGGCAAGUUCUCCCGCACAGACUACGUGGCCAGCAGCAUCCAACGUGGCCGAGAUAUGGGGCUGCCCAGCUAUAGUCAAGCCCUGCUGGCCUUGGGGCUGGAAACCCCGAAGAACUGGAGUGACCUCAACCCUGAAGUGGACCCCCAGGUGCUGGAGGCCACAGCUGCCUUGUACAAUCAGGACCUGUCCCAGCUGGAGCUGCUCCCUGGGGGGCUCCUGGAGAGCCAUGGGGACCCCGGGCCCCUCUUCACUGCCAUUGUUCUUGACCAGUUUGUGCGGCUGCGGGAUGGUGACCGCUACUGGUUUGAGAACACCAGGAAUGGGCUAUUCUCCAAGGAGGAAAUUGCAGAAAUCAGAAACAUCACUCUGAAGGAUGUCCUGGUGGCUGUCGCCAACGUGGACCCCAGUGCCCUACAGUCCAAUGUGUUUAUCUGGCAUCCAGGUGCACCCUGCCCUCAGCCACAGCAGCUCACAACUGAAGGCUUGCCCCCCUGUGUGCCCCUGACCGUGUCUGACUACUUCAAGGGCAGUGGUGCUGGUUUUGGCAUCACCAUCGUGGCUAUCUGCUGUUUUCCGCUAGUGAGUCUGCUUAUUGCUUGGGUGGUGGCCCAUUUCCGAGGCCGAGAGCGCAGGAAGCUACAAAGGAAAGACAAAGAGAGUAUGAAGAAGGAAGCAGUCAAAGAUGGAGUGUCAGCGAUGGAGUGGCCAGGCCCCAGGGAGACAAGCUAUCCUGUCACCAUCCAGCUGCUCCCAGACAGGUGUCUGCAGGUCCUGGACAGGCGUCUCUCUGUGCUCCGCACCAUCCAGCUUCGGCCCCCGCAGCAGGUCAACCUCAUCCUGUCCAACAACCGCGGACGCCGCACCCUGCUGCUCAAGAUCCCCAAGGAGUAUGACCUGGUGCUGCUGUUUAACUCCGAGGAGGAGCGGGGCAUCUUUGUGCAGCAACUGCAGGGCUUCUGUGUGCGCUGGACUCUGGGCCUCGACGUGGCUGAGAUGGGCGAGAAGGAGCUGUUCAGGAAGGCUGUGACCAAGCAGCAGAGGGCCCGCAUCCUGGAGGUCUUCUUCAGACACCUUUUUGCCCAGGUACUGGACAUCGACCAGGCGGAUGCAGGGACCCUGCCCCUGGACUCGUCACAGAAGGUGUGGGAGGCCCUGACGUGUGAGCUGAGCAGGGCCGAGUUUGCGGAGUCCCUGGGCCUCAAGCCCCAGGACAUGUUUGUGGAGUCCAUGUUCUCUCUGGCUGACAAAGAUGGCAAUGGCUACCUGUCCUUCCGGGAGUUCCUGGACAUCCUGGUGGUCUUCAUGAAAGGCUCCCCAGAGGACAAGUCCCGCCUGAUGUUCACCAUGUAUGACCUUGAUGGGAAUGGCUUCCUCUCCAAGGACGAGUUCUUCACCAUGAUGCGGUCCUUCAUCGAGAUCUCCAACAACUGCCUGUCCAAGGCCCAGCUGGCCGAGGUGGUGGAGUCCAUGUUCCGGGAAUCGGGCUUCCAGGACAAGAGGGAGCUGACAUGGGAGGACUUCCACUUCAUGCUGCGGGACCACGACAGUGAGCUCCGCCGCACACAGCUCUGUGUCAAGGGUGGAGGUGGAGGUGUCGGAGACAUCUUUAAACCAAACAUCAGCUCUCGAGUCUCAUUCAUCACUAAGACUCCUGGGGAAUGCUCCUGCCCCCGGGGAGGGGGACUUCCUACCUCAGAGGCCCCAGAGCUGGGAGGCCCCGGGCUGAAGAAGAGGUUUGGCAAAAAGGCAGUCCUGUCCCCUCCGCGGCUGUACACGGAGGCGCUGCAGGAGAAGAUGCAGCGGGGCCUCCUGGCCCAGAAGCUGCAGCAGUUCAAGCGUUUCGUGGAGAACUACCGGCGGCACAUCGUGUGCACCACGAUCUUCUCAGCCAUCUGUGUCGGCCUGUUUGCAGAGCGUGCUUACUACUACGCCUUUGCCUCACCACCCACAGAAAUUGCACAGACCACUCUAGUGGGCAUCAUCCUGUCGCGGGGCACGGCGGCCAACGUCUCCUUCAUGUACUCUUACAUCCUGCUCACCAUGUGCCGCAACCUCAUCACCUUCCUGCGAGAGACCUUCCUUAACCGCUACGUGCCCUUCGAUGCCGCCGUGGACUUCCAUCGCUGGAUCGCCAUGGCUGCUGUUGUCCUGUCCAUUUUGCACAGUGCGGGCCACGUGGUCAAUGUCUACAUCUUCUCAGUCAGUCCCCUCAGUGUGCUGGCCUGCAUCUUCCCCCAUGUCUUUGUGAAUGAUGGGUCCAAGCUUCCCCAGAAGUUCUACUGGUGGUUCUUCCAGACAGUCCCAGGCAUGUCCGGGGUGCUCCUGCUCCUGGUCCUGGCCAUCAUGUACGUCUUCGCCUCCCACCACUUCCGGCGCCACAGCUUCCGGGGCUUCUGGCUGACCCACCACCUCUAUGUCCUGCUCUACGUGCUGCUCAUCAUCCACGGCAGCUUCGGUCUGAUCCAGCUGCCCAGUUUCUACAUAUACUUCCUGGUCCCGGCACUAAUCUUUGUGGGGGACAAGCUGGUGAGCCUGAGCAGGAAGAAGGUGGAGAUCAGCGUGGUGAAGGCGGAGCUGCUGCCGUCAGGAGUGACCCACCUGCAGUUCCAGCGGCCCAAAGGCUUUGAGUACAAGUCAGGACAGUGGGUGCGGAUCGCCUGCCUGGCUCUGGGGACCAACGAGUACCAUCCCUUCACAUUCACCUCUGCGCCCCAUGAGGACACGCUCAGCCUGCACAUCCGGGCUGUAGGACCCUGGACCACUCGUCUCAGGGAGGUCUACUCAUCCCCGACGGGCGACGGCUAUGCCAUAUACCCAAAGCUGUACCUUGAUGGACCGUUUGGAGAGGGCCACCAGGAGUGGCAUAAGUUUGAGGUGUCAGUCCUGGUGGGAGGGGGCAUUGGAGUCACCCCCUUUGCCUCCAUCCUCAAAGACCUGGUCUUCAAGUCAUCAUUGGGCAGCCAAAUGCUCUGUAAAAAGAUCUACUUCAUCUGGGUGACACGGACCCAGCGGCAGUUCGAGUGGCUGGCUGACAUCAUCCGGGAGGUGGAGGAGAAUGACUGCCAGGACCUGGUGUCCGUGCACAUUUACAUCACCCAGCUGGCCGAGAAGUUCGACCUCAGGACCACCAUGCUGUACAUCUGUGAGAGGCACUUCCAGAAGGUGUUGAACCGGAGUCUGUUCACAGGCCUGCACUCCAUCACCCACUUCGGCCGCCCCCCCUUUGAGCCCUUCUUCAACUCCCUGCAGGAGGUCCACCCAGAGGUCCGGAAGAUCGGGGUGUUCAGCUGCGGCCCUCCAGGAAUGACCAAGAAUGUAGAGAAGGCCUGUCAACUCAUCAACAGGCAGGACCAGGCCCACUUUGUGCACCACUAUGAGAACUUCUGAGCCCAAUCCCUGGUUUCUGCUUCUUCUCUGUGGACCAGCCCUGCCAGCAGUUUCUCUGUCAGAAUCCACUCAGGCCUCAGCUGGAGAGCUGAAAGAGCCUUUCCCUCGUUGCUCCAUCUGUCCCAUGCUCUGAGAAGGUAGAGAGGAGCCCUCUAGCUCAGGCCACAGCAGGUUGUGGCAGACAAAGUUGGGAGGGGACAGUCCUUCCCUGUGACAACUGUGGAGGUGAAAGGAGACAAUAGCAUUUGGUUCCAAUAGGUCCCUAUCCCUCUGUUUGACUUCCACAAAAUUGAUGUAUUGCUUUGGUAUUUUCUUGGCUCAGGUAUUUGAGGGGGGACGGGGUAGGGAUACUCCAUGUGCAGAGAGGGCUCAGAGUGAAAAUCACAGAGCCCCGCUCAGAAGCUGUGAUGCUUACAACCUGGACAGCCCAACUGCCGCAACUCAGGCUCCAAGCCCUUUUCCCUCCAGCUCCACCCUCUACCUCUUCCUAGAGGGUCAGGAACCCUGAGGAGUAACCAGGGAAGAAAGAUGCCUCCCAGCCCUGAGGUUCCUCGUAUCGGUCAGCAAUACCCGCUGCCCUGAACUCUUGGCAGGUACCUCUCUGAGCCCCCUAGAGCAGCCCCUGGGCUCUGGGACCAAGAGUCCAGCCUCUCUACCAGACAUCCAAAACUCCCUCUUAAUUCUCCAUUUCCAUAGAAGUUGGGUAACCAGGUGUCCUAGUUUGCCCAGGACUCUCCCAAUUUUAGCACUGGAAGUCUCUUUUCCUAGGAAACCCCUCAGUCCCAGGCAAAUCAAGAUAGCUGGUCACCUUACAUGGGAGCCAACCUGGGUCAUCACCUCCAUACGUGGCUCUUGAAGACCCUUCCUUUUCUUUCUUCAACUGGCUCUUUCCUAAAAAGCUGAGCUUUAAAUUUUUUAAAAUUUACGUAUAAUUUGCAUCCAGCAAAGUAUAUAAAUCUUAAAGUUACCAAAUGUGCAUCUCAAAUGUACAUCGGUUACCACUACCCAACUCAAGAUAUAGAACAUUUCCAUCACCCCAGAAACUUCCCUUGUCAGUCUCCCCAAACCCCUAGAAACAACCACUGAUUGAUUUCUAUCAUUCCAGGUUAGUUUUGAUCAUAACGAAUGUACACUUUUGAGACUGGCGUCUUUCACUCAGCACAAUGCCUUUGUGAUUCAUCCAUGUUGUGUGUAUAGGUAGUUUGUUCCUUUUCAUUGCUGAGUAGUACUCUAUUGUAGAGCUGUACCACACUUUGUUUAUCUGGCCUUCUGUUGAUUGACAG